UACUAAGGGUAAUCAUUUUGCUUUCUGGAAAAAAAUGUGUUUUACACCUGGCCGCUGGAAAUUGGAAUUAAAAAAAAAAUGCUGCAAGCAAAAAACGCAACUAAUUUCUACGUGUGUUUCUUAGUAUAUUAUUUAUGAUGUUAUGUUAUGUAUUAAGACCAAUGAGAAAUACACAAAGGUCUUUUUUUUACUUUCUUUUUAGUAUCUACUGGUUGUUUGGUGAUCUACUGAUAUGUAUGGGGCCCAUCUACUGACUUCGAUUUUUUUUUCCAUCUGGUAACGCUGGUCCAGCAUUUGCUGGCACUGCUCGCAGCGCGUGGAGGGCUGUCACGGCUUCACUUUACGUUGGCUGCGCUCAUGUGGAGUGGCCGCGUGGGCACCUGCUUCGGUUCCCCGUCCUGACCACAUUGUCCCCACUCACGUGGUGUGGCCGUGUGGACACUUGCUUCGGUUUCCCGUCCUGACUAACGAAACAGCCACUGCAGAGCAUCACAUCCGAGCGACGUCGUACGCAUCCAAAGAUGCCAGGUGUCCGAUACUUCCGGUGCCCAAGGUGUGCGUCCCACAUUUUUUCGUUGAGGGCACUAUUCAGGCACUUUCACUCAGUUCAUGGGUACGAAAGCAACUGGGUGUGCGGCCUAAGUGGCUGCAUGCGGACAUUUAAACUCUUCGCUUCCUAUAAAAAACAUGUGUACAGAAAUCACCCUGGAUCAGUCGAAAGAGAAAGAGCCGUGGGAGCGAAUGAACUGGUGGAUGCAGCACCGAGUGUUGGGGAUGCCUUUCAAAGUGAUGACGUUGGUGUACAGAGUAAUCCGGACGCAGAAGAAAGGCAAGAGGAGCUGCGUACAGAGACUUCACAAGUGUGUAAAUCCACCCAGGGUCCAAGCGGCUGUGUAAAGCAGCUGGCUCUCCUUCUUCUCAAGUGGAAAGAGGGAAGGCGACUUCCAGAAUCAACCUUAGAUGAAAUCACAAAUGAUGUGAUUUCUUUCGUAAAAUCCAUUUUGGAACAUAAACAACUCCAGCUCAACAACGAGGUGGCCGCCAACGUGAGGGAGCUAUUCUGUGUUGACGAACUGGACCGGCUACUGACGACAGCUGGCCGGAACGCGUUCUGGAGGACACAUCUUCCACUUGUUGAGCCCCGUACAGUAGUGCUAGGAACCAACAGCAAUGGAAAAGACGACACCAUGGAGUAUGUGCCGCUCUGUGAUCUCCUCACGUGUAUCCUUGAACAUCCAACCUUAUCGGGUGACUUUAAUGCUUACACAAAGGUUGACAACCAUAUGUGUUCUGUGUUUGAUGGCACUGCAUUUCGCGACCAUGCCUACUUUGAAGGUGACCAUCACAAAAUCUGCCUGCAGUUAUAUACUGAUGAAUUUGAGGUGUGCAACCCUUUGGGCAGCAAAAGAGGAAAGCAUAAGAUGACCGCCGUGUAUUUCUCAGUGCUGAAUUUUCCUGCAAGGUUCCGCUCUGCGCUAUCAGGAAUGCACCUGGCACUUUUAGUGAAUGACCACCAUGUGGACUCCUAUGGUCUGCCUAAGAUUCUUGCACCUUUGCUUGAGGAUGUGAGCAGAUUAGAAACUGAAGGCAUAGUUGCAAACGGAAAAGUGAUGAGAGGGUCAGUCUUUGUUUGA